GUCACUCGCUGACGCUGCCAAGCCCUGCUCUUUUUCGAGCAUUGACCUUCCGUCCUCAUUUGGUCCACUUGUUCGACACAUGUCCCAUAGCGCUGCUCACCAGCUUUGUGCUAUGGCUCUUGGACAUACCCUAUGUUUGGUCUCAUCACACCCGUAUCGACCACUACGUGCAGUUCUUACCUCAGCCUGGACCCCUGAUUGGAAUAUCAGUGCUCCGCGCCUUUGGCACCCUCAUGUGCAACUUGUGCAGUACCCACAUGAUGGUAGAUGACGCCAUGAGGAAUGAGACACCUUGGUUGCAGAACGUGGACGACGGCUGCAAGUUCUUCUGGAAAUCAGGUUGUGAUGUGAACAUCUUUACACCGGAAGCACGGUCGCAAUCAACUCGGGAGUGGAUCAGUGGCGGACGGCCUGAUUUGCCGGUGGUUGCAUUUGUCGGCCGCAUGGCGUACGAAAAGAACAUCAAGUUGCUUCCCGACUUGAUCAAAAAGUUCACGGAGGCAGGCUUAGAGAACAAAUGUCGAUGGGUGAUCGUCGGCAGUGGCCCAGCCGACAACGACGUUCGAAGUCAGUUGGAGGGCUUCGACAACGUUGUUUUCACAGGUCGGUUGGGCAAGGAAGAACUCGCCAAAGUCUACGCUUCCGCAGACAUGCUUUUCAAUCCCACCGUGACGGGCGGUUGCGAUUUGGUUCUGUUAGAAGCGCAGGCUGCUGGCCUUGCGGUGUUGGUUGUGGCACCCCGAUUGCCGGUGAUUUCCAUAGUGGUGGGCGAUGGAGUACGGGGAAAACUGUACGAGCCUUUGAAUAUGGAAGAUGCAAAGAGGGCCGUGCUAGAGUGUAUUGCUGAUUUAGACCGGCUAAAGGCGCCCACACGCGCUCAUGCAGAAGCCGAGUUUGCGUGGGACCGCGUCAUUGCGGAUGCCGUAAAGAUGUACCGGAAAGCACUGACCACGCCCAGCCGGUAUUGA